AGCUAGAGCAAUAAAGCAAAGGCACUCUUCUCUGGAGGUGCAUCAUGCGCUCUGUCUCUCAUUGAUAAAGUGCAGUGAUUGGUUCCGUCUCUUUCUCUCUCUCUCACACACACAUGCAGACAGUGCUGCACUGCAGCGAUACAGAGUCAGGAGCUCCGCGGGCAAGCUGUAAGAGCAACGACAUCAUCACCACCUUCAUCAUCAUCAUCACCAACAGUUAUCAGCAGCAUCAGGACCAGCAACGUCCGGCUGCAGCGACAUCAUCACCAGCAGCAGCAGCAACAGCGACCAACCACAGCAACCUGGAGCAUCGCACACAACCACACCGGCGUCACACUGGGGUCUGCGGAGUGCGCGGGGCGGCCGGAGGCCAUGCGGCUGGUCCACAGCACAGAGAAGCAGGCCUUCUCCUUUAAAAAGUGCUCUGCCUUCCAGUUCGUCAAGAGGAAGGUGCGGAGGUGGAUGAGGAAUCCGAAGGUGAGUGUGGAGAAAUCUCAGACUAAAGGCUUCCUCUCGCCAUGUCCCAAGUGUCAAGAUGGACAGGAUCUGUGGUAUACACAUUUCCCCACAACGUACGCCUGCUGCCCCUACAGCCCUGGAGGAUACUACCUACCCCACCCGCCCAGCCCUCUCUGCCAGCCCUGCACAGCAGGCUCACGGGACAAGAACAAAACCUGCAAGGUGAGAAAGUGGAAGAUGCUGAGUCGUCAUCACAGUGAUGGUAAGGCAAAGGAGGUGGAGCCUGAGGGUCAGGUGAUCUGCCCAUGGGCCAUGUCGCCCCUGCUGGGUAAUCCUGUGCUGUUGGAGUGCUGCGUCUGCAGUGGCCCCUUCAUCACCUACAGCAGUGAGGAGGCCUGGCAACCACGGCAGCGCACACAGGCCAUGGACCUCUACUACCAUGGAGAUGCAGAUCCAGACUACAGCUGCUCCUCAGACACUACCUUUAUGAAACAGAGGAGAAUGGGACUGAAUGAUUUUAUUCAGAAGCUUGCCACCAACUCCUAUGCAUGCAAACACCCAGAGGUGCAGUCCAUUUUGAACCUGACACCACCACAAGAUGCCGAGCUGAUGAACGCUAACCCCUCUCCUCCUCCCAGUCCAUCUCAGCAGAUAAAUCUGGGUCCUUCCUCCAACCCCACCGCCAAACCCUCAGACUUCAACUUCCUGAAGGUCAUUGGAAAAGGCAGCUUUGGCAAGGUGCUGCUGGCCCGCCACCGAGGUGAUGACAAGUUCUACGCAGUCAAAGUGCUACAGAAGAAAGCCAUCCUGAAGAAGAAAGAGGAGAAACACAUUAUGUCUGAGCGUAACGUGUUACUGAAGAAUGUGAAGCACCCGUUCCUGGUGGGCCUGCAUUACUCCUUCCAAACUGCUGACAAACUCUACUUCGUACUGGACUACAUCAACGGGGGAGAGCUCUUCUACCACUUGCAGAGGGAGCGGUGUUUUCUGGAGCCCCGUGCCCGUUUCUACGCAGCCGAGAUUGCCAGCGCUCUGGGGUACCUACACUCUCUGAACAUUGUGUAUCGGGACCUGAAGCCUGAGAACAUCCUGCUGGACUCCCAGGGUCACAUCAUCCUCACAGACUUUGGCCUGUGCAAGGAGAACAUCGAGCCCAAUGGAACCACGUCCACCUUCUGUGGAACACCAGAGUAUUUGGCUCCCGAGGUAUUGCAUAAGCAGCCGUAUGACAGAACAGUAGACUGGUGGUGUUUGGGCGCUGUGCUCUAUGAGAUGCUAUAUGGCCUGCCUCCAUUCUAUAGCCGGAAUACAGCAGAGAUGUAUGACAACAUCCUGAACAAGCCUCUGCAGCUAAAGCCCAACAUCUCCAAUGCUGCUCGACAUCUGUUGGAGGGCCUGCUCCAGAAGGACCGGACCAAGAGACUGGGCUGCACUGAUGACUUUACUGAGAUCAAGAACCACAUGUUCUUCUCCCCCAUUAACUGGGAUGAUCUGAAUGCUAAGAAACUCACCCCUCCUUUCAACCCCAAUGUGACUGGCCCGAAUGACCUACGUCACUUUGACCCAGAGUUUACAGACGAGCCAGUUCCCAGCUCGAUUGGCUGCUCGCCUGACAGUGCUCUGGUGACAGCCAGUAUCAGCGAAGCAGCUGAGGCUUUCCUGGGCUUCUCCUAUGCUCCCACCAUGGACUCUUACCUGUAGCCUGUCACUAUGGAGACACCAUCCCAUAGACUCUUACCUGUAGCUCAUUGCCAUGGAAAUGCCGUACCCAUGGAGUCACACCUGUAGUGCAUCACUAUGAGAACGAAGCCAGCCCCAUUUUCCCUGCCCACGGAUAGGUGGGCUGUUUGCACAUGGCCUAAGGCAGCUCCACGGGCCUUAAAUUUUAAGGCCUAAAUCUCACACAUUGAGAGAACUGACUUCAUCUUUAUUGCCAUCAUCGUCUUUGACUGCGCUGAGCAUGGUUACUUCUCCGCUUACACCCAGUUCAGGGAGGCAGAGAGGGACAGAGUUGGACUGCUGUUGGGUACAUUUGUUUGUUUUUGAUCCCUCAACACAUCUGCUUUUUUGAGGGCUUUGUUGUUUUCAGGAGGUGCAGAAUGUUUUUUUGUUUUUUUUCACAGAAAUGUUUAGAUGUGCCUUCAUCUUUUCUCUCCCUUUCCUCAAAUGUGUACGUGUCUUCUGGGUCAUGCAACCAAGCUUACGCCAGCACAUGAUCUCAGUUUAAUCACGCUGUCAUGAUUUGGCUGGGUGACUCUAUUGGCUUUACAGCUUAUGGAAAGAUGUCUGUCGCACAUUGUGCUACUAUGACGUUAACAUUCAUUUCAGUUUUCUCCAUUUUUAAUUUUUUUAUGCUUAACUCGACCAAGUGGGCCAGUGCUGGACGAUUUCGCUGCUACAUGAGUGUAGAUAGACACCUGGACCAACCAAUCAGACGCCUCGUCUCAUGUUAGUCUUCCAGCCUCCUCUGUGAUGUAAUAAUGCCGCUCAGAAAAGCAUUCCGAUUCCAUCCGAACACCACAUUCCAUUCAGUAUGACUGUACUGCUAUUUAAGUUUGUUUGUAUAUUUUGAGUCUGUGUAUUAGUUUUAAUGUAUAUGGAACAACUAAAGAUAUGCUUAUAUGUAACAAUAACUGUUUAAAAAAACUGUUCAAAUAUGUACUGUAAAAUUGUAAAAUGUUUUGAUUUAUGUGACUUUGUUUGG